AUGCGCCUGCGGUCAAACCUCGCGAUCAGAAGGAGCAUAGUGGCUCCAGGCGCCAUCACCGACACCAUCGCGAGGAUAGAAGUCGAGAUCGAUCACAUCGACGAUCAUCCCACCGCUCAGAACGCUCGCAUCGACCUCGUGAUAGAACUCAUGGAGAUGAUAGACGCCUGCAGCAAUCAGAGAAGAGCUCGACUGAGCCCUUUAGAAUGGUAG